AUGACUCUCUAUCACGGCCGUCUGCCGUCUUUCGGAGUGCCCUCCUCGGCUCUGAGCCUUUCUGCCCCCCCGCUGAUCUACUUGUACGGAGGGGACAGCGGAGGGGUCGUGCCCGCAGCCUUGAGCUUCGUGCCGGCCCGCCAGGAGCCUCCACAGAAGCCGCCAUACAGCUACAUCGCACUCAUCGCCAUGGCCAUCAAGAGCGCACCGGAACAGCGCGCAACUCUUAGCGGCAUCUACCAGUUCAUCAUGGACCGGUUCCCUUUUUAUCACGACAACAAGCAGGGCUGGCAGAACUCAAUCCGCCACAACCUCUCACUCAAUGACUGCUUCAUCAAGGUGCCCAGAGAGAAAGGCCGGCCCGGCAAAGGCAGCUACUGGACACUGGACACCAAGUGCUUGGAUAUGUUUGAGAACGGCAACUACCGCCGGAGGAAGAGGAAGGCGAAGGGUCAGCAGGAGUCUCUGGAAUCCAAAACUGCUGGACACAAGCGCACCAAGGGCCCGGGGCCAUCCAGGGACCCUCACACAUCUCUGAAACAGACUGGCUCUGGGGUGGCAGAGGUACCAGUAAAGCAGGAUGCGGAGAGGAUGGACACACAACCAACUUCAAAAGCUGUUCUUGUCGAAUUCAAUCACACCGAACAGCCGCAAAAUUCACCCACACAGAGACAUAAAGUGUCCCCCAACCAAGACGCCCCUGCGCCCACCGAGAAGAGGCGUGACGCUCCACAGCCAGAGUCAUGUCCCUCUCCGAGACAUGCUCCACUGUGGAUGGAGGCUGCGCAUCUCCCAGGAGCGUCCCUGCACCGGGAGCCGGAGGAGAGAAGGUCAGCGUUCAGCGGGAGAGAGAGAGACAGAGGUCCGCUCUGCGCCGUCAGCUGCGCAGGAAACACGAACUUGGCUGCACUUGCGCAGGACAGACAGAAAGGAAACGUUCCGAGCAGGGAUAAAUCGAAAUGUUUCAGCAUUGAGAGCAUCUUAUCUAAAAGUGAAGGUGAAAUGCGCAGCAGCAUCCUCGGUUUGGCGGCGGAGGCAUGCGCAGAGCGUCCCGCUUUCAGUCCAUCUGUGUUCCUGGGUUCUCGGCAGCAUCAGUUGUACCAGAUGGGAUUUCCCCUGUGUUCUUACCUGUCACUCACCUAUCCCGACAAAGUACUGCAUUUUAAAUGA